UGCCUCCAAGUUAAACAUGAAAGGAAAACACUGGGAUCGCUUCAGUUCUGACAAGGCAAAGAACACAGCAUUCUCCAGCUAACUUGUCAUGGCACCUUUCUAAGAGCAACUCUUGUCAUGCACCCCACCGGGAACAUGGAUGUUGGCUUUACACGGUCUGCUGUUCAGACCCUGUCCAGAAGUCACUGCAAAAACAUCAAACAAAAGAUUUCUCAGUGGGAAGGAAGAGCUAACGGUGUAACUAAGACAGCUAAGUUUCACCCAAAGGACUUUGGAGUGAGGUAUAAUAACUGCCACCAAGAGAGUCCCCCUCAUAAGCGUCCCACUGGUGAGGAAAGGAAUGGGGGUUUACCCAGGAACAUGGACACCAAGAGCCGCGAUCAAAGUGAGGAUGAAAGCGAGAGUCGGAAGUGUAAAGACUCCCACUCCUCAGAAGCUAAACCAGACUUCAGCCGGGUAUGUGCUCGGGUCAAACAAAUCGAAAGCUGCCAAGCUGUUGCUGUGGAUCCGGAGGCUUCGUUACCUCCAGGAAACUUCUAUACCUCACAGAUACCAUGGAAAAGCAUAAAAGGACUUUCCCCAGAUAAAGACUUAAAUUUGGCCUUAGCACCUUGUGACUCCACAGAAAAAGAACUGGAUUUCAGUGUUCUGGAUAGUUCUUAUGGAAUAACCAAGAGCUUGGAAAAUAUUUAUUGUGAACCUGAGGGGCAGGAAUGUGGCCCCUCUAUAAAUCCUUUGCCCAAACCCCGUAGGACAUUCAGGUAUUUAUCUGAAUCUGAUGGCGUGCCAUAUAAAGAAAGAAACUGUGACCAAAAGUACUGUGAAAGUAUUUUCUCUGCAGACUCUUCUUUGGCCUAUUCUCAGGAUCCUGAACCAAAGAAAUAUGGUGGGAAGAUCAGAGGGAGGUCCAAGAGGAAAUCCUUUGAAUUUGAGGAUAUUCAGCACUUUCGGAACUCACGGAAGAUUCAUGAAGAACUUGGAAGAAAUGCUGGUUCAGCACUUUAUUUCACACAGUCCGAGGAUAAUAUCUAUGAGGAUAUUAUAUAUCCAGCCAAGGAAAAUCCCUAUGAAGAUAUCCCAGUACAGUCAUUCCCCAUUUGGAGAUCCCCUUCAGCAUGGAGGCUGCCACCUGCUAAGAGUGCCUUCCGAACACCCAAGCUUCCUCCCAAACCCCAGUUCCUUCAGCGGAAGACUAUGGAACUGAAGAACUCUCAAGCAUAUUUUCGAACAAAGUUCACAAAGGACACCACUUUGCCUGUCACCUUAACGGAAUGGAAACUUUUCCGAGCUGGAGAAGUAGCUAACAGGAAAAAGAGAAAUCUCCCACGGCUUGUUUUGAAAAUAAAUGAUACGUUUGAAUCUAAGAGAGGGAAGAAGAGGGUAAAGUUACAGCCUUACACUGGAAAAGAAGCCCCCUCCUCAAAAGGUGAAACCAGUGGGAACGAGAGCGAUGCUGAGUACCUGCCAAAGAAUCGCCACAAGCGCUUGGCACAGCUGCAGCAGUCCUCCAAGAGGAACCCCCACUACCAGACCUUGGAGCGGGAUCUGAUUGAGCUGCAGGAGCAGCAGCUUUUUGAGCUCUUCGUGGUGGUUUCUCUGCAGAAGAAGCCGUCAGAGACACAGUACAUCCCCCAGGUCAUACAGCAGUUCCCUAGCAAGGGUGACCGUGGCUACAAGCAAUCCAAAGACACUGAAGAGAGGCUCAAAGUUAUCCCCAGAUUUUGUUUUCCUGAUUCAGAGGACUGUGUGCCAACCUUAGAACUCAAGAGUGAAACGUUCUCCUUUGUGUUGACUGGGGAAGAUGGAAGUCGGUGGUUUGGCUACUGUAAGAAGCUUUUGCCAGAAGGCAAAGGAAAGCGGCUCCCUGAGGUAUACUGCAUGGUCAGUCGCUUGGGCUGCUUCAAUCUGUUCUCAAAGAUUCUGGAUGAAGUAGAGAAGAGAAGAGAAAUGUCUCCAGCCCUUGUUUACCCAUUCAUGCGAAGUGUCAUGGAAGCCCCUUUCCCAGCUCCUGGCCGCACCAUCACAGUAAAGAGCUACCUCCCUGGAGCUGGAGAUGAGUCAAUUGAACUCUGCCGACCACUCGAUUCACGCCUGGAACAUGUGGAUUUUGAAUGUCUUUUCAAAUGCUUGAGUGUGCGCCAUCUCAUCCGGGUCUGUGCCUCUCUUCUUUUAGAGCGAAGGGUAAUCUUUGUUGCCAACAGUCUAAGCACCCUUUCAAAGUGUGGCCAUGCUGUGGUAGCAACACUGUAUCCGUUCACCUGGCAGCACACCUACAUCCCAGUGUUGCCUGUAUCCAUGAUUGACAUAGUGUGCUCGCCUACUCCAUUCUUUAUUGGGAUUUUGUCUUGUUCCUUACCCCAGCUCCAGGACCUUCCCGUUGAAGAGGUGCUGAUAGUUGAUCUCUGUGCAGACAGGUUCCUACAGGAGGUAUCUGAUGAGGAUGAAAUUAUGCCACCUAAACUUCAAGCUGCCUUGGUGCAGAUUUUAGAAGAUCGAGAUGAAGUCUUGGCCCAGGAGCGGCAGUUUUCGCAAGAUGUGACACUCAAUUCUCUGGUGUCUGAAGCAUUUGUCAGGUUUUUUGUGGAACUCGUGGGGCACUAUUCUCUGAAUAUGACUGUCACGGAGCGUGGGGAGCGUGUAUUCCAGAGGGAGCCGUUCCGGAAGUCCCACACUUCCCGAAGUGUCCGCCACUUCCUAGAUCUCUUCAUGGAGACACAGAUGUUUGCAGGAUUUGUUCAGGACCGGGAGCUUCGGCAAAGUGGAGUUAAAGGUUUGUUUGAAGUCCGGGCUCUUCAAUAUUUGGAAACAAUUCCUGAGUCAGAACCCAGCGGGGUGAAUAGAAUUUUACGAAGUCUUGGAAGCAAAAUGAGAUUUCUUCAUAAGAAAUGAAAUCUUUUCUUCAUUCUAAGCAUAACUGAAAGUGCCAAAGACAGUAUUUUCCCAAGGAUCUGGCUGCUCUGUAGAGUCCUGUAACAUCCUUGUGACUGUAAAAUGAGAAAGAUUGCCGGAAUGACUCCUGUGCUGCAGACCAACUGGGAGCAGUCUAGAACCAGUGCGCUCUCUUCUCCUUCUGAUAUGGGGUCUGUUUGUUUGUUUGUUGUUUGUUUGUUUUUGAGACAGGGUCCCUAUAUAUAGCCCUGACUGUGAUGGAACUGACUCUGUAGAUCAGGCUGGCCUCAAAUCCUGAUGUCACAGAUCUCAAAGAUCUCACAGAGAUCUGCCUUCCUCUGCCUCCCAAGUGCUGGGAUUAAAGGCAGGUGUCACCAUGUCUGGGCAAGUUAUUUUUACUGUGGUGUUUUAUCUUUGGCUAUUGAUGGGU